GGUGCGCGUGGUCUCCGGUGUGCCAGUCGAUCGCGGGCGUCCGUCGGGUUCCGUCUCGUCUCGUUUCGUCGCAGCACAGUCGUGUCUUCGUCGCCGUUUUCGCCGCGUCCUACGACGUACCCCAUACGAUAUAUAGUACACGGCAUAAUAUUAUAUUAUAUCGCGAUAAACGUGCGGACCGCAUAAACCCGAUACCGCGACCGCGUUUAGGUCGGAUUUCCAACUCUAUCGUCGCGGAUUAUUAAUUUUCGGGUGUCGCCGUGUUUUUCUCUCUCUCACUUUUUACUAUCGCGUAAACAUAACAAAUCGUAGUAGUAUAAUACUAUAAAUAUUAUAUUCCUGCCGGUCACGUGCGCAGUGUGUGUUUGUGCGCGGUGCGAGCCUAUAAAGUUACCGUAGUGGUGUCAUCGAGUCAAACGUCGUCGACAACUGGGACCGAUUGUCGUAUAGCUAGGCCGCACGAGAGGCGAGCAAAAGCGUCCCGAACGUAUUUGCCGCCUAACAGGCGAACGGCGCUUCCAUCCGCUGACCGGUACGAAACAAAUUGCUGAGUGAAAAUUCAUUAUUUGUGCUUACAACAUUAUUACAGAUAUGUUUGAAAAAAAUCGCAUUGCAUUGGUUAAUUGGAUAUAAAAAUACGUUACAGUUAAAAAUUAAUCAGAGGCGACGUGAAAUGGUACUCAGGUGAUGGACAAACGCCUCGCUAUGAUUUCAUUUGCAUUCUCCAACAAGUCUGUCUAUUAUUGGCUGUGUUGUCUUCUUACAGUUAUCAUAGUACGAUCAGCACAUACAAAAGAAUGUCGUUCACAGCUCGGUAUGGAGUUCAGCAAAAUUCCAGAUCACAGGAUAACAGCUAGCUCUUCAUAUGAAAUCAAAUCAGUGGGACCACAGAAUGCAAGAAUUCGCCAAGAGAAAAACGGAGGCGCGUGGUGCCCAAAAGCGCAAAUCAGCAGCGAAGUUAGAGAGUAUCUGGAGAUUGAUCUGGAUGAAGAUCAUUUGGUUACGUGGACCGAAACACAAGGCCGGUGGGGCAAUGGCCAGGGACAAGAGUUCACUGAGGCGUUCACUGUCGAAUAUUGGAGAAAGUCCAUUGGUCGAUGGAUGGAAUACAAAGACUCAAAAGAAUGCAGGGUAUUACCGGGCAAUGUAAAUACUUAUUUGUCGGUCAAUCAAGAAUUGGAACUGCCAUUUGUGGCGAGCAGAAUACGUUUCGUGCCAUUUAGCACACAUCCUAGAACCGUCUGCAUGCGUGUGGAAAUCUAUGGGUGUCCUUGGGAACAGAGUGUAGUGAAUUAUGUUGCGCCCAGAGCCGACACCGAAUUCGAAGACAUCAGUUAUGAUGGAGACAUGGCACGAUCACUCAUGACAGGUGGUCUGGGAAUGCUGACCGACAGUUUGUACGGAGCAGAUGAUUUCUUACAGUUCGAUUUGCAAUUCCAUAAGCCUCUCAGCAAGAGAUGGGUCGGCUGGUCAAACGAUUCCAUUGGCAAUAAGUUGGAUUUGGUGUUUGAGUUCAACGGAUUCCGAAUGUUCAAAGAAGUAAAAAUACACAGCAGCCAUAUACCGACCAGAGACGUAAAAGUGUUUAGUAUGGCGUUGAUUUACGUCAGCUUGGACGGGGACAAAUGGCAAGAAUGGCCGAUAAAGUUUAGCACAAAGUCGGAGGCCAUUAAGGACACCGCUGUAAACAUAACCAUCAAUCUGAAGAGCAGGGUGGGCCGGUAUAUCAAGAUAUGUCUCUAUUUUUCUGCUCGAUGGAUACUCAUCAGCGAGGUCUCGUUUGAGUCUGAAUUGGUCGCUGCGAACAUAACCGAGGGAUUGUUAUCGCAGUUCUACACGCAAAAGGAAACUGGAUACGAACUUCGCCAGAGUGGUGAUACGACGCAAACGAGGAAGGAAGUUACUACAGGACCGAGUCCUGGCAACAGCACGCAGACGUACGUGGGCCUGGUCACGGGGUCGCUGGCCAUGACCGUGCUGCUGGUGGCCGGCGUGGCCGUCGGUCUCGCGCUGAAACGCGGCCGGCAAAAGGUCGCGCUGCUCCAGUUCAAGCAGGCCACGCUCGGCGCGCCCAAACAGCAGUCCAUCAACAUGAAGCACCUGAAGAACGGGUCCAAGGCCGCCGUCGGGUCGUCGUCGCUGUACGGCCGGAGCGGCACGAUGUUGAGCGGCGGCAUCGGCAUCGGCAUCGGCGGCGGUCGCGGCGUCGGCGGCGUCGGCGGUCACGUGGGACACGAGUCCGAGGACAGCGACAACUCGUCCGUGUACCACGAGCCGUACAAGCGGCUGCCGUCCGGCAAGAAUCACGAUUACGCGCCCACCACGUUCCUGUUCAAGAAGGACGUGUCCGCGUUGACCACCAGCAAGAGCAGCGAAUACACGGACUUCACAAGUGUCGGCAGUUUUGGGCAGGACGACGUAAAAUACUCGUCACCUUCGAUGUACACGCUGAAUCCACCACCACCUCCUAGCACUAGACCACCGCCACUCUUGCAACAGCAAUCGGAACAGCUGAACAAAUCGCUGCCGGCAAACCUGCACAAUUACUACGCUGCCAUCGACAUAAUCAAAACGGAGCGCAAGGAGCAGCAUUUCACGCCGGGCGUAUUCACGUGCAUGAAGCUGCCGGAAGACAAACAGGACGAGUGCAGUCAAACGUCACUGUACGAGAUAUCUCGGAACCGACUUCGAGUGAUCGAAAAACUAGGCGAAGGCAAUUUCGGAAUGAUCCACUUAUGCGAAACGGACGGGAUACCCGAGUACAAUGCCACGUCGACGUUCCACAAAAGACAAGUGAUCGUCAAAUCGCUUCGGCGUGGCUGUGGUGAACAAAACAAACAAGACGUGAUGAGGGAGACAAAGUGCUUGUACACCGUUCGUGAUCCAAAUUUGGCGCGAAUUGUGGGCGUGUGCAGCCCUGACGAACCUCUGUGUAUCAUACAGGAAUAUUGCGAAUACGGUGACCUACCGAGUUUCUUGAAGGUCCAAACCACGGAAUCUACAGAAGCUCAACCGACAAUCAAUUACGGAUGCUUGCUUUACUUUGCCACUCAAAUCGCAUCGGGCAUGAAACAUUUAGAGGGUAAGGGAAUCGUCCACAGAGAUUUAGCCGCGAGGAAUUGCUUGGUGGGAAAAAACUAUUCACUGAAGAUAUCCGAUCACGCGUUGUACUGUAGUCAAUACGAUUCGGAUUACUACGUUAGUGACACUAAGUCGAGAUUGCCGAUCAGAUGGAUGUCAUGGGAGAGUUUGCUUCUGGGCAAGUACACGUCGAAAAGCGACGUCUGGUCGUUCGCGGUCACCCUGUGGGAGAUCCUAAUGUUCUGCAGCCACCAGCCACUGGCGGAGCUGACCAACGAACAGGUGGUGGAGAACGCUAACCACAUGUACCUGGCCAACGGCAAGCACAGGUACGCGGAACCUCCGCCCAGCUGCCCGCGCGAAAUGUACGAGAUCAUGGCCGAGUGCUGGAAGCGCGGCGACUCGGAUCGGCCCAAGUUCUCGGAGAUACACCUGUUCCUGCAGCGCAAGAACCUCGGUUACAUACCGGUGAUAUGAUCCGACUCGCGACCGGACACGUCCUACACUUCCGCGACCCGCCCACGCGGAGCCGCAUCCGCCACGACCGCCGCUUGCCGAUGACCAGCGCACACCGUAGUCGUGGUAUCAUUCCGCAGAUAACGGCGACUACACGACGUCGUGUCACGCUAGUUUGAGCGGGUAUCGGGCGGGUGCGCGAUCCUUCCGGGUACUCGUCUACGCCCUUCUUCCUACUCCUCCCCCAAAACUUGGAAACCAUGAACCCCGCGAUAUUCCCGUAGCGGCGAUGUCACAGAGCAACGAUCACGCAUAUCCAACACUGAUCUUCCACCGCUGAUCCACAUCUAUGGUAUACGUUAUACGUCAUUACUAUAUAAUAUGAUAAUACUGUUCCUAGUUUUUUCACCGUCCGCAAAUAAUGUAAAUGACACCCCUUCUCGACGCCGUAACGAUUAAUUAAUGAUUAUUAUUAUUAUUAUUAUUAUUACUAUUAUUAGUAUUAGUAUUAGUAUUAUUGUUUUUAGGAUUUAUAAGACUGCAUAUCUAUCGUAAUAAUUAAAUACUUUUACCCGUGAUCCCACAUAUUAUAAUAUACUCUCUCCGGUGUCGAAACAUACCAGCUGCAAGUUAUACAUCACACAAUACCUGUCAUCGUUUAGGCCCAAGUACGGUGUUCCGUCGAAGACACAAAACGGACAAAAUCUGCGGAUAGAAAAUCCAAACCGAUAUGUCCAGCUAAACAUCCGUUCUCGUCCUAGUUUUUAUUUUUUCGUAAUAUUAUUACGUCGACUAAUAUCGUUUUCGACAAACGAAAAUAAAUACUCAAAAAUAUUACGAUAUAAACUGAAAUAAUAUUACUAUGCUAAUAUUUCGUACGUAAAAACGGUCAGUGGAAAUGGUCGUGUUUUUUUUUCUAACCGUAGAAUAUCAAAUCAUAUAUUUUUCUGUUGAAUUUUCCGUACCGGACUUUGUGGUUUGGAUAUUUUUGUCUGCGGGUUUUUCGGUUUUGCGUCGUUCGACUUAGAAUUCUUAAAUAAUAUGAUAAUAUGUUUUUUUGAAUGCCGGACACUUCUGUAAUAUAAUGCAAUAUUAUAAUACAAUAUAAAAGCAGUAUUGUGUACACGCUCGUGUUGCAUGGGAUGUUUAUUGUUCAAACGCAACGCCAAGAUAUUUAAAAUUUAUCGUCAUGUGCAUCCCGACUUCUGAACUCGGUUUAACGUCAUUUCCAGAGUUAUAAAAGUUUAUUGUAUAUACUAUUAUAUUAUGGUACUAUAUGUAUACUUCAGCUACCAUCCUUUUGCAAAACAACCGUAAGCGUAAUAUUUCGCGAGUUCGAUUUCUCAUUCGAACAUAAAAUGUUAUGCUCAGCACUCAGGACCCCGCCCGCUUUCCCGUACCGGCGCACGACGGUCGGACGGUAUUCAUCACUAAUGACUCAACAAUAAUACUCCGUGUUUUAAUUGCUAAUGAGAACCAAAUGUAAUCAAUCUAUUUUACACGCAAUGUCUUCCACGAUUCAACCUGUUUAGUGGCGAAACGCUGAGAAUUUGCAGUGCAAAUUAAUCUGUUUCAACCCGGGAUAAAAUACCUAUACGUGUUGGAAAAUAAUGGUUAUUACAUGAUAUAGUUUUUGUUUCAUUUUAUUGAGGAUGCAACUUCUUUGUGUUGUAAAUUUGUACAUACGAUUUUCGAUUUUUAUUUUAUGUACAUAAUAAUAUUAUAUCUACUGUUGUACAAAAUCCAGCGUUAGAUUCUAAUUCGAAAACUCUAACAAUCUUAUUAAAUUAAUAUACGCUCUCACUUUCAAGAACAACGCAUGUAUAUGUAUAAUUAUUAAAUUUAAUUAUUUUUGUUUAGGUCAGGACAAAAUACUUUUUAUACAAAACUAUUUAUAUUUAUUGACUUGUAAUGUAUAAAACUCAAGUGGAUAAGUAGUUAAAAUUAUAAUAUGUUAUUUCGAAAAAUUAUCCACGUUAUUUCUAUUACUUAUUAUUAAAAUAUAUCAUAUUAUUAUGUUUCUUUUAACGGUAGUAAAUGUAAUACUACUACGUUACAUGAACUCACUCCAAUGUCUUUCCAAGUAGUUGAAACGGAUAUGACCUCUACGUCAAGCGUCAUAUUCUGUUCUAAAUUAAUAUUUAAGGGAUUUAAUGUUUCUUUCUCCGUUUUUUCUCUUUUAUUUAUCACUAUAGCUGCGAUGUAUGAUUAUCAAUCGGAUCAUCAUAUUAUAAUCGCGUUGACCUAAACUUAUAUUGUACAUACAUUUUCUCAUUUUCCCCAACUAUACCUCUCCGAUCAUUUUUUUAUGUUUUGUAUUUAAUUAUUGUAUUAUAUUGGUUGAAAAAAUAUUAAAACUAUGAUUUCAAUGUAUUAAGCUCAAAAGUGGAUUAGCUGAGCUCGUGUAAAAUGCAAUAAAUCGUACUUAUAUUAAAUAAAAAAUAAUUUAAUGUGCAAUUUAAAAUAAAAUGGUGCCAAUAUCUGUUAUUAUUAUAGCUAAACAAUCGUUCAAGUAUAUAUCCAUACUAUAUUUAUUUCAAAAGUAAUUAUAGUAUUUCAGUUUCUAUUUUUUUUUUUUUAAGAGGUGUGUGUGAUAUAUAUAUAUAAUUAUAUUUUUUAAAUUUGCAUAUCAUAUAAUAUAAAUAUAUAUAUAUAUGCAUAUGUAUAUGUAUAUAUAUAUGUAUAUGUAUAUAUAUAUAUAUAUAGUUUAGUACGCGUUUUUCUCCAAACUUUCCAAAAUAAUAUAAAUUCCUCAGUAUUAAUACCCUAAUUUUGAUUUACGAUAGAAUUUAAUUUAGGCUGCGGUCACGCGACACCGAUAAUGAUAAAAUGGCACUUUUCAAAGGGUGGCAUGAAAUGGUGUGUAAAUAAUAAUACUAUUACAUGGAGGGUAUAAUCAAUUGCCCACGUUGCUAAGAGACAAUCAAUCUCUAACACUUUUUGGUCUAUAAAAUUUUGUAAAAAAAAAAAAAUUAUACAUAUUUAUUAUAUUUAUAUAUAUAUAUAUUAAUAAUCAUAACGAAUUCCCAGCACACAUUUAAAAUGUAUUAUACCUACCGUUGAAGGAACACAAAAUUGUUUCCUUUUAUUUCAAUCGAAAUCCGAUCAAAUAAUUAGGUAGAGUUAUACUAUAUACCUUCUUAUAUAUAUAUACAAUAUAAACUUGCAAUAGGUAAUGCCAUACUUAUAAGACAUAAUAUUAUUAAUUUGCAUUAGGUAUUUUGUAAACAAAAAGAAAAAAAUAGUCUUUAAUGAAGUAUAUAUAUAUAUAUAUAUAUAUAUAUAUAUAAAUAAUAAAUAUUAUGUUUAAGUAUAAUAUACAUUAUAUUAUAAUUAUAAUAA